AUGAGGUUGCCCAAGCCGAAAUUCCUAACCGCCGGGGGCGCCAGGCUCUCGCCGCCGUAUGUCAACCUCUCCGCUCCGAGAACCUACCAGCAAUAUGCGAAAGAAGGCCGCUACCCCAACGGGAAAGUCGACCAACCGAUGAGGAGCAAUGACCUCCAUACAACUGUAAUUUGUAGAAACCUCACCAAACAUGACAUCCCGAAUGGGAACAAAUAUAAACAUAAAAUUUUACGUGAAGAUGGAGAACCCACAGAUAGCAGCAAAAUGGGGAUAGCGGAAGAAGCUACUCAAAGGAGUGCCCCUUUUUUCCUCAACGACAAAUUAUUUUACAAUCACAUGGUCCUCAAAUUGAUGAAUAGAGAAAAAAAAGUGAAAACCAUUUCGAGUGAUUUCUUUUACCAUUUGAGCAAAUUCCAUAUAAACCGUGUAAAUAGCCAUUUUGGAGAGAGCCGCCUAAUGUUUACCAAGACGUCUAAAAUAUUUUUCGCUGUGGUGGCUAGCUUUUCUGUUCUUUUAACCUUCUUCCUAGUAGCCUCCUCAAAUUAUUUGGAAUAUAAUAUAAUUUUGAAGUACCACAUAAAAUUCCACUCUCUGCUUUUUUCUUUUUUCUCCGCUUACUAUUUGGGUUUACAAGUAGGCAGUUACUAUUUUGCCAACAACCUUCACUACCUGUAUACCUUCCUCUUUUUUGUGGCCUCAGUUAUUUCCAUGGGGUUGGCUGACUAUGCCAUAUGGGUCUCCUACUACUUUUUAAGCGUAAAUUACUUGGCCUUCCUAUUUAUUAAUUACUAUAAUGCCCGUUUGGGGGUGUUCCCUAGUUGCUUAUUUCAGAAUGUCAAUCGCCUUUUUUUCUUUUCCCUUUUGUCAAACUAUUUGGCUGUCAACAAGGGGAAAUAUAUCGAACAAAAUAUACACCGUUUGAGAGAUGAAGCGGUGGAUGCGGGGCGUUUCAGGCUCUUCAAGGUGCUCCCAUAUUUUCUGUAACAUGGACGGGGGUGCAGUCCGCUCGAGGAGUUGGGCGACCGACCGUUCGUCUAUUUUGGUGUCAGCCCUUUUACGCUAGUGUACCUGUGCAGAUGAGACACUUCUCCGUAUGUGCCCUCAUCACCACUUUGUUAUUUUUUUUUUUAUUUUCACCCCUCAUGGGAAAUUAAAAUUCGAACUGUGCAGCAGCACCACCCCUCUUCCCCUUUCGUAUUUUACAAUUUACAUUUUUUACAAUUCACAUUUUUUACAAUU